AUGGACCUGCAUGGGAACAGUGUCCUGGGUGGUCACCACGGCCAGGGUCCAUGCUUCGAAGGCUGCUGCCCCUUCGCUCCAUCACCCACUGCAGUGGAGCAGACCCUGCCAACCACACUGCAGAACGUGUGCAUCAAGAUUGGCAAUGGUCCAACUGCUGGGUUCCCGAGUGAAGAUGCCGUGGAGCAGACCUUCAGCCGGCCCACAGUGGACAUGUCCUCUGGUUUCCGCCUCAAAUCCCCUACAGCUUUUGUGGGGGAAGCCCUAGGCAAAAUCUUGAAAAUGCUGCCAGCCAAGGACUCUCAGUCCCCAGAUGGCUUCCAAAGCCCAGAGAAGGUGUCUCCACGGUUGCUGCUGCCCACAGCUCCUUCCGGAUGCUUCAAGAUAAUACUGGCCUCUCUAAGGAAUAUAUUUUCAUUUUCGGCAUUUGAGAAAUCCAUGCACAACACUAGCAGGAAAGAAGAGAUUGUCAUACUGAGUGAAGUUCUAAUUAAAGUCCAAACGUGUGGUAUAAACCCAGUGGACACAUAUAUUCACUCUGGCACUUACAGUAGAAAACCACUUCUACCCUAUACUCCCGGCUUAGAUGUGGCUGGGAUAAUAGAACCUGUUGGAGAGAGUGUAUCUGCUUUCAAGAAAGGCAACAGAGUUUUCACAACCGGCACGAUCUCUGGGGGCCACGCAGAGUAUGCUCUGGCAGCCGAUCACACUGUUUACACACUGCCAGAAAAACUGGACUUGAAACAAGGAGCUGCCAUCGGGAUCCUGUAUUUUACUGCUUAUCGAGCUCUGCUCCCCAGUGCCCAUGUGAAAGCUGGAGAAAGUAUUCUGGUUCAUGGGGCUAGUGGAGGGAUUGGAAUAGCAGCAUGCCAGAUUGCUAGAGCUUAUGGCUUAAGUUUGGGCACAGCUGGUACUGAGGAAGGACAAAAGAUUGUUUUGCAAAAUGGAGCCCACGAAGUGUUUAAUCACAAAGGAGCUAAUUACAUUGAUAAAAUUAAGAAACCUGUUGUUGUUGGCAGCAGAGGUCCUAUUGAAAUAAACCCACGGGACACCAUGGCAAAGGAAUCUAGCAUAGUAGGGGUUGCUCUCUAUUCAUCCACCAAGGAGGAAUUUCAGCAGUUUGCAGCAUUCCUUCAAGCUGGAAUGGAAGUUGGUUGGUUGAGACCAGUAAUUGGUCCCCAGGAUCCGUUGGAGAAGGUGGCCCAGGCUCAUGAAGAUAUCAUUCAUAGCAGUGGGGCUGUUGGAAAAGUGAUUCUUCUCUUAAAAUGAUUAAUC